AACGAUAAUCGCCCGGCCUCAAAUUCUGCUCUGCUCUGGAAUGGACAACAAGUUUUUUUUGAAGAAAAAUGGAAAUUGUUUUAAUUUGCUCUGCGGUUUUGAAAUUCCUGCAAACGUUUUCUGCCACCAUCACAGUAGAGACUACAGUAUCAGUGAAGGUAGUCGUUUUUGAAUAGGGUUUUUGUAAUGGUGGAAAAGACACGCUGAGAGGGGCUGACAACUCAACGCAGAUAUAACGUCGGCGUCAUGUCGCGCAACAGCCAAGAGAAGCCCUCGCGCACCGUGCGACACACACGCAUCGAUGACGAGUCGGUCAUUGAGAAGGUCUACACCAUCGGCGAGAAACUCGGAGCUGGAAGCUUUGGCGUGGUGCUGGAAGCCACGCACAAUGAGACCAAGGAGAAAUGGGCCAUCAAAAUUGUCAACAAGGAAAAGGCCGGCAGUUCAGCUGUCAAGCUCCUGGAGCGAGAAGUAGCCAUCCUGAAGAAAGUCCGGCACAAACACAUCAUUCACCUGGAGGCUGUGUUUGAAACCUCACAGAAAAUGUACCUAGUAUUUGAGCUGUGCAACGGAGGAGAGAUAAGCGAUUUAUUUAAGGAGAAAGGAGCAUUCUCAGAGGAAGACACAAGGACAACCAUUAACAGAUUGACCAGUACUGUCUCCUAUCUACACAAAAAUGAUAUUGUGCACAGAGAUAUAAAACUUGAUAAUAUUCUACUUAGUCGAGACCCAGAGCAUGAGGACGAUCACCUCAAUAUCAAGCUGUCAGAUUUUGGCUUGUCCAUUCUCAAGGGAAGGGCCGGCAGUGAUUCCAUGAUGCAGACAAUGUGUGGCACACCAAUGUACAUGGCACCUGAAGUAAUAGACAAUCAAGGCUACAGCCAACAAUGUGAUGUGUGGAGUAUAGGUGUUAUUGCGUAUAUGCUAUUAUCUGGAUACCCACCCUUCACCGGCCGGGAUGAAGACAGUUUAUAUGAGGCAAUCAGAAAAGGAGAAUUAGACUUUUCAGGUGCUGUUUGGAAGAAAGUCAGCAGUGAAGCCAAGAAUGCCAUCCAGGGUUUGCUGACGGUAGACCCAGCCCAUCGGCUGACAGCCAGCGAGCUCCUCCACCACCCCUGGAUCACGGGGGAGAAAGGCUCGGACAGCGACGGGCCCAAGAACGUCCUGGAGAUGAUGAAACAGUGGAAGGAUGAACUGAUGCUGGAAGAGAACGGGCAGGUGGACUCCAACGCCAACAUCACCGGGGAGGCCGAGUCAGAAGGAGGGGUUGGAGUCGGAGGAGGGGGGACACACCCCAAGGAGGAGGGUGUAAAACCAUCCGAAGAUGUCCCGUGUUUAAAGUCAGCCAGUGAAAAGAGCAGUAUGUCUUCAAGGAAAACGACACAUACAUCAAAAUCAAGCACAUCGAGGAAUUCCUCGUCAAACGGUUCGCACAGGACCAAAGCGGCCACCUCCACCACGCCCUCCGGCCAGGCUUCCAAGGCCCCGCCCCCACGAUCUCGGACAGCCGUACAUGUACAGCCACCAUCUCAGUCUAAAGCAUCUCCGCACAGAUCUGGAGAAGUUUCCGCAAGAACGGCCGCCACCAAACCCCGCUCCCCAAAAGCGGCCGCGAUCGCCGCGAAAUCCAAGCGGAAACCUCCAGUUGGCAGCUGAGACCAUUUUUUUUCCCUCCAAAAAAAGCGUCAAACUGAACUUGCUCUGGCAGGUCCUCCGUAAAUUUAUCAUCUAGGAGUCAAGUUUCUUUUUUUUAUUAAAGACAGAAAAAUAUCCAGCUCUUAGAUUUGUACACAUCAUCGAAGACUUAUUUAUGAAGUAAUCAAGAUUUGCCUGUAAGCAUCUUGGCGAUGUGAUUACCUGUAUGCGCGUAUUUAUAUAUUAGGCCACCAGUGGUCGGCUCUUUGAUUGCUCAAGUAUUCUUGGUAAAUAUAGCGCCAGCUCAUCUUCUGUUUUUUUUUGGCGAAAGCGUAAUGAGUAUUCCAUCCACUGCCUCAUCCUUCCUACUGUAUUUGAUGGUACUCGGAUGCAUAUGGUUCCUGUUCAAAUUGGAUCCAAGAUUUUACUUGUGUGUGUUACGCAGGAGCACACUCAGUCAUGUUUGUCUAUACGCCCGAGGACAAUGCUUUGUGUUUCCCUUUGUCCCUGUAAUAUAACACUCUUUCAUAGACUAAGCACAUCACCGUACAAUCGGGGAUCG